UUUUCCUGUUUGUGCGCGGGUUGGGGAAGGAACGGCGCGGGGCCUAGGCCGCAGGCUCCGGCCUGUUCUUCACUCUGUUCCCGCCCUUAGCGACAGAGUGAGUGAGUGAGUGAGUGAGGGAGGGGGGGGAAAAAAACCAAACGAGCCCGUCGUCAUCCCGCGGCCCAGCCCUCUGGAUCCCCGCUGCUGAUUCAGGCCAGUCCCUCACUGUCUACACUCACCCUCCACCACCUGCUUGAUCAGAACAGACGAAAGCAUCUACCCUAGGCGUUUAUUCCAGUCAUGGAAUUGGAGAGCAAAGGUGGUGAGGAUGAGGAGAGCCUGCAGAUGGCGUUCAAAAAACUUAAAGUGGACUCUGAGCAUGCCGGACCUGCAUCAGUCCGUAUAAAUCCUGAAACAACAACUUCAAGGACAUCUGUACGAGGCAGUCCUGAUGGAGCUAAACCUAGGACAACGUGUACUUCCAAAGAAAGCUGGCAUGGUUCAACUAGAAAGCCAGCUCGAGGAGCCAUCAGAACACAGCGACGACGACGUUCCAAAUCACCAAUUCUUCAUCCUCCUAAAUUUACCUAUUGCAGUUCUGCAACUCCUGCAGCCAGCUGUCCGGUGAAACAUAGCAACCAAACAGAGGCCUACCAGACCCUUACUGUCAAACUUCCAAAAGAGUGCUGCAAAGCCGGACAGCCUGAAGAUGUGUUUGGUGCUAAAGUUCCAACAGUCUUCUCCUUAGAAUCAUCAGAAGACUCUGCUGGCAAUGGUGCUGAAACUGGCAGCAGCUCCCCACUUGAUUCUCCAAAACUGGCAUCGGCAGCUGCCCUGGAGUUGAGUCACCCAACCUCUGAUUUCCAGUCCCUGUCAAAGCUUCACCAGACCGACCCAUGCUGCUGCUCACGAAAGGAGAAAUGCUGCUGCAAACGAUGGCAAGAUGUUGAGGUAUACUCCUUCACUGGACUUCGCAACGUCAUAUCGGAGUGCGAGAGAGGCGUGGCUGAGGUCCGCCAGCGCACAUCACCUUGCAGAAGAACUCGGACGGGCUCUGGGGUCUCGGGCUCCCCGCGUUCCUGCUCUGAGGAGGCCAGGACAUUUGUUGAAGACAUCACAAUUGAAGAUCUUUCGGGAUAUAUGGAAUAUUACCUGUACAUUCCGAAGAAAAUGUCUCACAUGGCAGAAAUGAUGUACACCUAAGAAGAGAAGGAUCCUCAAUGGUCAAUUUAUUUACAAACUAAUGUGACUGGAAUGAAAACAAACUGCAAGGAAUACUGGCUUAAAGGAAUUAUGCAAGACGUAAUUUUUGAAUUGUUUUUUAACUUUUUUUUCCCCUCACAAACACCCCCCCCCCCCCCCACCACACACACACACACACACUUUUUGUUGGCCCUUGCUAUAGUUUGGAGGUUUUGUAAGUCACAAGUAAAAACAUGAAGCUGUUAGACUAAUAUUUUUUUGAGGACGCAGGCUGAAGAUGUCUGAAAUUAAUUGUUUACAUAAUAAAGUCAGCAAGCAACCUGAUCAGCAAAAUUGAUCGCAUUCAUACAUGACGUUCAGGGCAGAGAGAUGACUUGUUCUAGCAAAAGAAGGAAUGUGUUGUAGGGAUAGAGGUUACUGACUGCUUGCAGCCAGUCAACUAGGUGAAUAUUGUCCUACAAUAGAAAAAUGCACUAACUCCCAUCAGUUUAGAAUUUUAAAGCUGCAUUGCUGUAUAAAUUUUGUCUCGUGAUUUCAAAUGAACUCUGUGUGACAGCCAUUUCUAAUGACUCACUUUCCUGUGAGUAUUAAACUGAGUAGAGCUCAAAUCUUGUGUCCUUUACUCCUCUGAGCAGAAUAAAAUUUUAUUUUCGUUGAGAGGAGAGGUAUGGGGAUGAGUAUUGCCUUGUUUUAAUUUAUUUGCAGAAGUUGGGUGAAUCCAGUAGAUUAGACCCUAAACUUUCUAAACAUAGCACCAUGCAAAAUGUUUGCACAUAUCUCAGCAGCUUCAGAAGUAUUUCUGCUACGUUUUUGAGGCAUGCAAAUCCAACAUUGCAGUUUCAAAAAAGUUGCACUUGACUAGAGGGUGCCAAAAUGACGAACUGCUUUGAACCCAAGGUCACCUCUUGUGUUUUUCUUCCUUUGGGAAUAUGACAGAGGGUCACCAGUACCAUAUUGAAUGGUGGCUUAAAGAAAAGUUUGCGUCGGCUCUGAAUUUUAACACUGUAAAAUUCACUGGAACCACUCGAAAGAGAGCUUGUAAUCUGAUCUAUGUUUGUGAUAAAUUAAAUUAAACUAAGCUAUUACAGUAGCUAAAUUAAAGUCAUUGGUAAGUAUUUAGUGCUGCCUUUUACCAUUUGAGAAAUGGCUUGAAGUCCGACCCUAUAGAGGGAUAAAGACGCUUUGUCUCAUUCGUCCACUUUUGGGAGUGUUUCUCCAGUUUCUGUUCAAUGUUUAAGUUGCCUCCAGUAGUACCAGAGAAGUGGCUAUUAUCAAAAGAUAAAAAAAGGUUCAGUGGGUAGCCCUUCUAAGGUGCGUUGAGUAAUUUUAGAAAAGGAUUUUUUAUUUUUUUUUUGUUCCCUCUUUCUUCCCCAUUUCCCCACUACCAUCAUAAUGUAUUGGACUGGUCAGGCUCUUGCUCAGCUGCAUGCAAAUUCCCAUUAUAAUUAUUAACUAUUAGGAGAAUGAUUUACCUAAAUAAACUUUUAUGGUAUACAAAACUGAGGACUGAAUGACAGUAUUGCUAUCUGACUAAUCAAUUAUAUAUUCAUGAUGCACAUUAAUUAUACUGCACCUAUAUUUUGUGCUCUUGUUUAUAAGUCCAUUUAUAGGGGUGCUAAUCCAUUUUGAGAGAGACCUUUGCUAGUGUCAGCUCUUCAUGAUAUCAGCAGCUAUGUUGUUGCAUGGCAGCCAUUAGUGCUUUGUUUUGGGAGUUGUUUACCAGGUGUUCAAUAUUGGAUUAAGAUUAAAAUUGCAAUUACAGUCGGUUCUGCUAUACUGCGCAUUUCUUCAAUGUGAAUUGGCUAUAACGUUGAACAAUUUAGACCAUUACUUGUAGAGCAUGAACUUUCCUUAUCUGUAUGGCUAUGAUGUGAUUCCAAUCCCAUUGGUUUAAAUGGCGAGGCAAUAGAGCGAUUUUCUUAUAAAGUGGGAACGGAACUAUUGUGUGAUACCAGAGCAGACUGUACCUGAUGCCACCUCUGACCUGAUCUAAUCCAAACAGUACCCUCCAGUUUUUGAAGAGCCUCAUUUUGAAGUUUUCUGCUCUGGUUAGGUUUUUUUUUGAGUGAGUGGCAGAGUAAAGGAAGCAAAGGAAUGCUCCUGAGUAGUUUCAUCUGUUGAGUUAGGUGGUCUCUGCUGCACAGCAGUGAAAUGCUGUGGUUGACUCUGUUACUCUUAGAUUAUGUUUGUGUGUGCAUGUAAUCCCAUUGCAGUUGUUUACACUCCUGGAUUACAGGGAUCAGGGGAGAAAUUUGAAAUAGUAAAAAUUUGAAGAAAGUGCAAUGCUGAAAACUGAUCUAAUUUGGAAAAAUUAGUUUGAGUAUUUUGUCCACUCUGUCUGUUUGCAUUGUGACUCAUCACAGUUUGAGCUGAGUCUGUUUUAAAUUUAAUCAUUUCCAAUUUCCUGUUUUAAAACUCGCUUGAAGAGAAGAUAAACUGCACUAAUAUGUUCUAUUGAGUAUUAAAACCAUCUCCUCCAUGGUAGUUCUCAAAUAUAGUUAAUUGUAGUAACAGUUUUGAAGUAGUCUGAGUACUCUGGAUCUACAAAUGCCAUUUGUCUGUCUUACACUAAAAGAAUUUGAAUUUGCAUUUGCAUCAUUUUGAAUUGACAAGUUGAACUUAGCUCUGUGAAAAGAUGGAAGUCUUUGUGUCUCUGAAGCUCUGUUAAUUUCAUGUUUUGGAAUAAAUUUCAGAUUUCUUUUAUUCAACUGCCUCUUUUUUUGCUUUUUAAUUGGAGUGGUGGCUUGAUAGAGAUCCUUGACCUAUGUCUUCUCAGGCUGAGGUUCCUCUUGCUGUAGUGGUUAUGGUUUGACCACUUAUUGGGUGAAGCCUCUUUACAGUAGAGGAAAGUUGUAAAGUAAUGCAGCUUUAAUUUUGUAAACACCCUGGGUGUGGGAAUCAGCCACAAAUUUGGCAUGUAAUUUCCAGUCCUUUAUUUUCCUGAAAAGGCUGCAGGGUGGUUUGAUGCAAACAAGUGAGGGUCAUUUCACGGAGCAGUUCAUAGUCAACUAGAAUGUAGCCAGUUUUGAGUUCUAAAUUGAAAACUUUAUCUCUAAUAGUAUUUGUAACUUAUACAAGCUCACCAUUUGUUAAUGGUUAGUGUCUAUUUUUUCCCCAGCUCUAUCCUGUUCCCUCUGGACACCACUUUUUCAAAAAUAAAGCAUCAAUAUGAUUCACUAUAUGCUUAUAUGAUGUGCCAAAAUUGCUGUAAGGUUGAAAGCUAAAUUCAGAAAAACACAUUGACAAGGUUGAUGACAGAUACAGAAUGCAUUUGGGUUUUAAAUACAACAGUGUAAAAUUAAAGUCUUAUUUUUUGAAAAUGUAUUUCAACUUUGUGUAAUAGUUUAAUGAUUUGUGCUGCCUAAACCUACAAUCCAUUGAAAUUUGAGAACCGCUUCCCUGUUCUUGCAAUGUAUUUCAAAGGUUUCAGUACUGUGGUGCAGUUCUAAUAACUUCCAUCCCUAGGUGGUGCUGUUUGCCAUGUGUUUACAUGAUGCUUAACUUGCUAUAUUCAUAGCUCAAAUUAGGUGGCAAACUCUCCAAGCAGAUUUCAGAAACUACUUUCUCUGAAGUGCAGUAAAAUUCCAAGCUCCCACUUGUGAAACCUACAGCAGUUCUCUUGAUAGAGUUAUUAUGGAUUGAUGUGUAAAAGUGUUCACGGUGUAGACUGCGGCAUGAUAUCCUCUGAACUGUACAAAAGUGUGAUGUUACCUGAAUUAUAAAAUUUGCUGCUUACUGUU